UGCGAUAGGGUGAUUGUUUCGAUUUAAUUGUGUCUAUUUUUAUACUCAAUUUUUGAUGGUUUUAUUGCUUACACUCUAAAAACAAAAAAAUUAUUGUCAACGACAGUCAAGAAAUCAUGGAAAUUUUUUCCUAACGACUGGUUAACGGUGUGUGGUAUGAAAAAAAAAAUCGAUACAUUUUUUCACCGUUGACAUGAAUGCUGCCACCACACAAAUGCCAAGGUAUUUGUGCCAAAUGACCAAAGCCGCAGAGUUUCACAGGUAUGAUGACAUGGUCUAUAGAAUUUUUCGUAGUAUCAAAAGACCAACAACUAGUACAUUUAGAUCAGUGCCAUUCAGAGAUCGACAUUGCACUGCAUCUACUACAAGUUUCAAAGGAUUCAAGAGAUGGAAGGUGCUAGGCUUCUUCCAUUGUUGGUCUUGUUGGCACUUGCUUGCCUCGUAAUGGCGAACAAUGAAACACUCCCGGAGUUCAAGAAAUCCAAUGGCAAAGCACAUGACCAGUUAGGUGAUUCGGAAAGCGAUUUGGACCGAAGACUACUUGAACUCGCAGCGCAAGAGGAAAAUACUGAAGAAUGGCGUAGAAAGUUCAAAAAAAUGUCCAAGGAGUUGGCUAAAAAGACGGCAAACCAGGACACCCCUGACAAGAAUGAUGAACAAUACAACAACCAGUCAUUAAGAGAACAACUGGACUCAGCUCCUAAAGACAAACUCAUUACUGCAGUCCGAACCAAACUUACGGCGUUUAGCGGACCAUUGUCAUCUCGUGCUAAAAGUUCAUUAUCAAGUUUAGAUACAAAAUGGUACAGUCUCUCUGAUGAUAGCAAGCAAGGAGCCCUAGACACAUUAGGUGUCAUAUCCUCAAACAUCGAGGUGUUUGGCAAUGCUGGCGAAGACCCUGUAGGUGCAAUAAGAGGAGCGAUUGACAUUGUUGCCUCCAUAUCCAGUAACUUUGGACCAAAAGGCCAGCUUGCAAGUACGGCUCUGGGCUUCGUCUCUGCUCUACUUGGCUUAUUUGGUAAAGGACCGAAACCGAAACCUUUGGGUCAAGUUGUCAGAGAGCAGAUAGAUGAGGCUCUGGCGCAAUAUCGCGAGGAGGAGCUAGUUCGUAAAAAAGAUGGUUUGCUAUCAGCAUUUCAACUUACUAAAGCGUACUUAGACGGAGCUGCAAAGUCGGGUCAACCCUUAAGUACAGAGGAAGUGCCUGUGGCAACAAAAGAAAUGGAAAGAUCACAAGGUGUGGCGUUUAUGGGAGAACUUGCCAGCGAAGUACGUAAGAUGUUCCGCAAUAACAAAGCUGCCGAUGCAAGAAAAGCCAUUAGAUAUUGUGAGAUGUACGCACAGCUAGCGGUAUACCGUGAAAUCAUCUUUACACAGUACCUUGGCAUGUUACCGACCACUGCAACCUGGCAAAAUCACCUCAAUGGAGUAAUAUCCGAUCGGGCGAUGUUUAGAAGAUUGGCAGGAGCGUUAAUCGGCAAGCUCUACACAGUAGAGUACGAAAGCGCUAUCAUUCCCUAUUUUGAUCCAGAUGUCAGCGUCAUAACGGACGCUUUCUCCACGAAGGUUCUGAAUUUGGGUAAAUACGAUCGUUCGAUGGCUGGCCUACAUUGCCUUAUGACCCCAGGAAGAGGUGGCCUAGAGGAUCUGGAAUGGCAAAGACGCGAUUCGUCUUUCAAAACUGGUGGUAAUCCGUACACUACAAUUGUGAAGCCAAGCAAUUACAAUUGUUAUUGGAAACUUGUGCCACAUGGACGUCACACGUACAGCAUCAUAAAUAAGUAUAAAUGCAAAGAAAAGUACGACUACUGUGGCUCGUUGCUAUCAUGGACAAGAGUUAGUGGCAAGGCCUAUGUGGACAUCGCCUCAGAUGACCCCGUCUUGUGGGAAAUUUGGGGCUAUGACUGGAAAUACAUUCGAAAUAAAUGGGGCUGUGGCAAGGCGAAAAGUAAAUGGUGCAACUACCACCUAAGGAUGAAAAGAAGAACAGUUACUAAACCUGGUAGCCUCUUUUCAUUUCCGUACAGAGUUAGCAAAAUAGUUGGACAGCUGACUCCUUCAGAUGGCAAAUACUACUGGAAGACUAGAAGGGCACGAUGAAUGACAUAUCUUCCAAACACUACUGAUGGAUAGCAAUCGUGAUAAUUAUGGAUGCUUAUGAUAAUGAUGAUAAUGAAUACUUACUGAAAAUUGAAUCUUAUGCAUAAUAAAAUUCAA